AAAGUAGUUUCACUUAUCAGACAGUCAUUGUUACUGAGAGGUGAAAUGGCACAGCAAGGAGCUCAGCUGGACCGCGAAAACUUUUCUUGUUCGAUCUGUUUGGAUCUACUGAAGGAUCCGGUGACUAUUCCCUGUGGACACAGCUACUGCAUGAGCUGUAUUAAAUACUUCUGGGAUGGAGAGGAUAAGAAGGAAAUCUACAGCUGUCCUCAGUGCAGACAGACCUUCACACCGAGGCCUGUCCUGAUGAAAAGCACCAUGUUAGCAAUUUUAGUGGAGCAGCUGAAGAAGACUGGACUCCAAGCUGCUCCUGCUGAUCUCUGCUAUGCUGGACCUGAAGAUGUGGCCUGUGAUUUCUGCACUGGGAGGAAGCUGAAAGCCUUCAAGUCCUGUCUGGUAUGUCUCGUCUCAUAUUGUGAGAAACACCUCCAACCUCAUUAUGAAUCAGCAAAAUUUAAAAAACACAAGUUGGUCGACCCCUCAGAGAAACUCCAGGAGAACAUUUGCUCUCGUCAUGACGAGGUGAUGAAGAUGUUCUGCCGUACUGAUCAGCAGAAUAUCUGUUAUCUCUGCUCUGUGGAUGAACAUAAAGGCCACGACACAGUCUCAGCUGCAGCAGAAAGGACUGAGAGGCAGAGAGAGCUCGAGGUGAGUCGACUAAACAUCCAACAGAGAAUCCAGGACAGAGAGAAAGAUGUGAAGCUGCUUCAACAGGAGGUGGAGGCCCUCAGUCUCUCUGCUGAUAAAGCAGUGGACGACAGUGAGAAGAUCUUCACUCAGCUGAUCCGUCUCCUCCAGAAAAGAAGCUCUGAUGUGAAGCAGCAGAUCAGAUCCCAGCAGGAAACUGAAGUGAGUCGAGUCAAAGAGCUUCAGGAGAAGCUGCAGCAGGAGAUCACUGAGCUGAAGAGGAAAGAUGCUGAACUGAAGCAACUCUCACAUACAGAGGAUCACAACCAGUUUCUACAAAACUACCCCUCAGUGUCACAACUCAGUGAACCUACAGACUCAUCCAGCAUCGAUAUCCGUCCUCUGAGAUACUUUGAGGAUGUGACAGCAGCUGUGUCAGAGCUCAGAGAUAAACUACAGGACAUCAUGACGGAAGAAUGGACAAACAUCUCACUGACAGUGACUGAAGUGGACAUUUUACUGUCAGAUUCUAAAUCAGAGCCCAAGACCAGAGCAGGAAUCUUAAAAUAUUCACGUGAAAUCACACUGGAUCCAAAUACAGCACACAAAAGCGUGUUAUUACAUGAGGGGAACAGAAAAGCAGAAGUAAUGGCACAACAAAUGUCUUAUUCUUAUCACCCAGAAAGAUUCACUAAUUAUAAUCAGGUCCUGAGUAGAGAGAGUGUGACUGGACGUUGUUACUGGGAGGUGGAGUGGAGAGGAAGCAGAAUUUGUGUAGCAGUCGCAUACAAGAAUAUCAGCAGAGCAGGAGGUACAAAUGAAUGUGGAUUUGGAAAAAAUGACAAAUCUUGGGCUUUAAGAUGUGACACUAAAAGUUAUGAAUUCUGGUUCAACAAUAUUAAAACUCUCGUCUUAGGUCCUGGUUCCUCCAGAGUAGGAGUGUACCUGGAUCACAGAGCAGGUAUUCUGUCCUUCUACAGCGUCUCUGAAACCAUGACUCUCCUCCACAGAGUCCAGACCACAUUCACUCAGCCUCUCUAUGCUGGAGUUUGGCUUAAUUCUGCUGGAGACACAGCUGAGUUUUGUAAACUCGAAUAGACAGAAAUCAUUACAGACUUCAUGUGUCAGAUUCUGUGUUGAAAUUCUUAAUUUUUUGUCUCCAUGUUCCUGAACUGCAAAAAGAUCAGCUGUCAAAUGGUUGUCAAUACUGCUUUCCUUUUCAUUUGUUUUGUUCUGUUAAUGUUUUGCAUUUCUUUAAAAUUCACUUUUUCAGUUUUUACCCAUGGAGGCUAUCACUGAUCAUGAUGAUGUUGUUGUUCUAAAUGUUAGUUUCAUAUUUGUAUUGAUGUAUUUGUUUCAUGUUGUAAAACCCCAACUUAUUAGCCUGAUAAUAGUCAAUACGGAGAUCAUGUAUUAUGUUCUUAUACAUAGCUGAUAUUCUGUGUUAAACUUAUUGUGUGGUUGAAAUUAAUCUGAACAUUAAACCAUUGAACAAGAGUCAUUUAACAAACUUUACUGAUUGGAUUGAAUGUUUACAUCAUGAAUAAAGCAGUUUAUCUCAAGAAUGAAC